CUUCCAGCACAAGGUGGGGGUGCUUUACUGCAAGGCGGGGCAGAGCACGGAGGAGGAGAUGUACAACAACGAGAGCGCCGGUCCGGCUCUUGAGGAGUUCUUGGAUCUGCUCGGCCAGAGGGUGCGGCUCAAAGGCUUCACAAAGUACAGAGCUCAGCUGGAUAACAAGACCGACUCCACGGGCACUCACUCCCUCUACACCACCUACAAGGACUACGAGCUGAUGUUUCACGUGUCCACCAUGCUCCCCCACACGCCCAACAACAGACAGCAGUUACUAAGGAAGCGGCACAUCGGGAAUGAUAUCGUCACCAUCGUGUUCCAGGAGCCUGGGGCCCUUCCCUUCACUCCCAAACACAUCCGCUCUCAUUUCCAACAUGUGUUUGUCAUCGUCAAAGUCCACAACCCGUGCACUGAUAACGUCUGCUACAGCGUGUCCGUGUCCAGGUCUAAAGACGUGCCUCCGUUCGGCCCUCCCAUUCCCAAGUCUGUAACGUUCCCAAAGUCGGCCGUUUUCAGGGACUUCCUGCUCGCCAAGGUCAUCAACGGCGAAAACGCAGCGCACAAGUCUGAGAAGUUCCGGGCGAUGGCGACUCGGACGCGGCAGGAGUACCUGAAGGACCUGGCCGAGAACUUUGUGAGCACGACGACGAUAGACAACGCCGUCAAGUUCAGCUUCAUCACGCUGGGCGCCAAGAAGAAGGAGAAGGUGAAGCCAAGGAAGGACGCACAUCUGCUCAGUGUGGGAGCCGUCACCUGGAGCGUGCGGGCGCGGGACUUCGGCCAGUCGGCGGACGUGGACUGUUUGCUCGGCAUAUCUAACGAGUUCAUCGUGCUGAUCGAGGAGGAGUCUAAAAACGUGGUGUUCAACUGCUCCUGUCGGGACGUCAUCGGGUGGACCUCGGGGAUUAUGAGCAUUAAGAUCUUCUACGAGCGCGGGGAGUGUGUCAUGCUGUGUGCUCACGACAACUGUGGGGAGGACAUCCGGGAGAUGGUGCAGAGACUGGAGAUCACCACCAGAGGUUGUGAGACGUCAGAGAUGACCCUGCGUCGGAACAGCCUCGGGCAGCUCGGUUUCCACGUGAACUUUGAAGGCAUCGUGGCCGACGUGGAGCCCUUCGGCUUCGCCUGGAAGGCCGGGCUGAGGCAGGGCAGCCGGCUGGUGGAGAUCUGCAAGGUGGCCGUCGCCACUCUGACACACGAGCAAAUGAUCGACCUGCUGCGCACGUCCGUCAGCGUCAAAGUGGUCAUCAUCCAGCCGCAUGAGGACGGCACACCAAGGAG